AUGGGGUUUCUCAAAAUCUCCGAGGAAGACUACUCAAUGGUCUAUACCGCCAAUAGAACUUCAGCUUUCAGACUCGUCGCCGAGUCUUACCCGUUUAACUCAAAACGAAAGCUUUUGACGGUUUACGACUACGAGAGCGAGGCAGUGAAUGAAAUAAACAGAGUCUCUGAGAAACGUGGAGCCAAAGUAGCUGUAGCUGAGUUCUCAUGGCCAAGACUCAAGAUCUGUUCAUCCAAGCUAAGGAAGAUGGUUACUGCUGGAAAAAACGGAAGCAAAAAGAAGAAGAAAGGUAUUUUCGUCUUUCCGCUUCAUUCUAGGGUUACAGGAUCUAGGUAUCCGUACCUAUGGAUGAGUGUGGCGCAAGAAAACGGGUGGCAUGUAAUGAUCGAUGCUUGCGGUUUAGGACCUAAGGAUAUGGAUAGCUUCGGUCUUUCGAUAUAUAACCCCGAUUUCAUGAAAUCCACCAUUCCGAUUCUUGAAUCUUCCACUAGCUCAGGUAUGGUUAACCUCGUACCUACCGACAAUCCUAUCUCACUACACGCAUUGGAAAUCAACCGGACAGAAACAGAAUCUGAAGAAGCAUAUAGCUUUAGUUCUAGUGUUGAAUACAAAGGCUUAGAUCAUGUGGACUCACUAGGGUUAGUAGCAACAGGGAACAGAUCAAGAUGCUUGAUCAACUGGUUGGUAAGUGCUCUCUACAAACUCAAACAUUCGACAACUAGUCGUCUCGUUAAAAUUUACGGUCCAAAAGUUAAUUUCAAUCGAGGACCAGCGGUAGCGUUCAAUCUAUUCAACCAAAAGGGAGAAAAAAUAGAACCGUUCAUCGUGCAGAAGCUAGCCGAUUGCAGCAAUAUCUCACUCGGAAAAGGUUUCUUGAAGAACAUCAUGUUCGAAGAAGACUACGAAGGAGUGAAAGAGAAGAGAAGAAACAGAGACGCUGACGAACAGGGGAUCUCUGUUCUCACUGCCGCGUUAGGGUUUCUUGCGAAUUUCGAAGAUGUUUAUAAGCUUUGGAUAUUUGUUGCUCGGUUUUUGGAUUCAGAGUUUGUAGAUAAAGAGAGUGUGAGAUGUGGUGUUCAUGUUUAUGAACACAAGAACCGUGAAAUUGUCUAG